ACAGAACAUCAUUGGCAAACGAUAGGAGCGUGCCAAUGCUAGUAGCGCUUGCGACAGCCAGGUGGGGUCGAAGGGAGAUAUAUCGAGAGGCUGCCUAAGUUCCUAGGGGACGGCACCAGUCGCAAACGAACGAUAGACCAGUUCACACGCUUUUUAAAUAAGAUCCAGUCAAGAUGUGGGAUGACGUUGUAGAAGAAGAAACAAAGCCUGCGCCAGCCGCUGAUGCAGCCCCAACUGAGGGUGCAGCGCCCGCCGAAGGUGCUCCUCCGGCAGAGGGAGCCCCUGCAGAUGGUGCUCCAGUAGCUGAUACUCCAGCACCUCAGAAGCCUGAAGAUGACAAACCUAAGAGGCUUGUCUGUAAACAUUGGGUUAGGCCGAAGUUUUCCACAUACAACUAUCUCUACGAGUACCAAAAGAAUUACUACGAUGACCUGAUUAACUAUAUAGAUAGGCGUAAUAGGGGCCUGCCCGUGGAGAGGCCAAAGCCCCAGACUUGGGGUGAACGGGCCCUCCGCUCCUAUUACUCCCAAAGUUACAACUACGACGUCGCCAGAUCAACAAAACAGGACAGAUAUCUUCUCCACCACAUUUCUGUUGGUGCAAAGUUCCACCGAGCUCAUACCAAGUCCCUUAUCUCUAGGAAGUAUUCUAACCUCGGAUUUAACACAGUUUCUAUCUAGCUUUGCUAAUCAAACACCGCUUGACGUUGCUUCGCGGACCCUAGUAUCGUACUACCUUUCGUGACCUUAAUAUUAAUUUUACAGGAUUUCGCUAUCGUGAUACAACAAGCCGUUAAAAGCGAUUCUACGUACUUUAAGUUACGAUCAAAAAGUCCGCUAUUUCUACUCUCUCUACUCUACUGUCAAUAUCUGUUGAUUAUGGAGAAUAUAAUAAAUGCUAACUAAUAAAUCGAUUUUUCUUUGCUUGCGUUACGACUGACAUAGCUUGUAUAUCUUUAUGCGUAGCGAUUUUAUUGAAAAUGCAAAGCGAUGUCAGUUGUUUCAGUCAGGAAUCUGUAUAAGUAAGAAAACAAACUUGUAAUACAAACAGUGAAGUAUUCCGUGGGGGUUUGCUACUAGCUCAUUCUUUGUAUAGUAACAACAUAUAUCUUACACCUUAGUCAUAUAAUCAGCGCUAAUACUAAAGACAGAGACCCUGGUAAUGAAUAAUUGAGACAAGCCAUAUUUGAGCCAAGUUUGCUCUCAAUUAAAUAAUUACUUUUAAUUAAUUAUUGAAUUGAUGAUGUCUGUCAGGUACGAACAGGAUUGACUAUCUAUCAUAAUGUUAAUAUGUUUUAUUACACAGUAGUAGGCGUGAGACUUUUUAAUGUAUAAAACGUUUUAUAAUUUUGCAGAGUGUUUUCAAAUAUCAUUAGUUCGCUGUUGUCUACGUCUUGUCUUUAAAUAUUCAUAAAAUUAUUGUUCAUUUGGUAAAUAAAAACAUUUUCAAUUGGC